AUGACAGCCAUGAAGCAGGAGCAGCAGCCGUCCAAUCCUGGGGCCAGAGGGAGCCAGGCGCAGCAGCAAGAUCAGGAGCUGGGAAGUAACAGCCCUCCACAAAGAAACUGGAAGGGAAUUGCUAUUGCCCUGCUGGUGAUUCUUGUUGUGUGCUCACUCAUCACUAUGUCAGUCAUCCUCUUAACCCCAGAUGAACUUACAAAUUCAUCAGAGACCAGAUUGUCUUUAGAAGAUCUCUUCAGAAAAGAGUUUGUGGUUCAUAAUCCUGAGGCCAGAUGGAUCAAUGAUUCAGAUGUGGUGUAUAAAAACGGGAAUGGACAUGUCAUUAAACUGAAUGUAGAAACAAAUGUCACCACAUUAUUAUUGGAAAACACAACUUUUGUAACCUUCAAAGCAUCAAGACACUCUGUUUCACCAGACUUAAGAUUUGUUCUUCUGGCUUAUGAUGUGAAACAAGUUUAUCAUUAUUCAUACACAGCCUCAUAUGUGAUUUACAACAUACAUACGAGGGAAGUUUGGGAGUUAAACCCUCCAGAGGUCGAGGAUUCCAUUUUGCAGUAUGCAGCUUGGGGUGUACAAGGGCAGCAACUGAUUUACAUUUUUGAAAAUAACAUCUACUAUCAACCUGAUGUAAAGAGCAGUUCAUUGCGACUGACAUCUUCAGGAAAAGAAGGAAUUAUUUUUAAUGGAAUUUCUGACUGGUUGUAUGAAGAGGAACUUCUACAUUCCCACAUCGCUCAUUGGUGGUCCCCGGAUGGAGAAAGGCUUGCAUUCCUGAUGAUAAAUGACUCCUUGGUUCCAAACAUGGUUAUUCCUCGCUUUACUGGAGGACUCUAUCCCAAAGCAAAACAGUAUCCAUAUCCUAAGGCUGGUCAAGUGAAUCCAACAGUUAAAUUAUAUGUUGUGAACCUAUAUGGACCUACUCAUACUUUGGAGCUCAUGCCACCUGACAGUUUUAAAUCGAGAGAAUAUUAUAUCACCAUGGUGAAGUGGGUGAGCAAUACUAAGACUGUAGUGAGAUGGUUAAAUAGACCUCAGAACAUCUCCAUUCUGACUGUCUGUGAGACAACUACAGGAGCCUGUAGCAAAAAAUAUGAAAUGACAUCAGAUAUGUGGCUUUCUAAACAGAAUGAGGAGCCUGUGUUUACCAAAGAUGGCAGCAAGUUCUUUAUGACAGUCCCUGUUAAGCAGGGAGGUCGAGGAGAAUUCCAUCACAUUGCCAUGUUCAUUGUUCAGCCUAAAAGUGAGCAAAUCAACGUGCGGCAUCUGACAUCAGGAAACUGGGAAGUCAUAAAAAUCUUGGCAUAUGAUGAAAGUACUCAAAAGAUUUAUUUCUUGAGCACAGAGACUUCUCCAAGAGGAAGGCAACUACAUAGUGCAUCCACUGAUGGAUUAUUGAAUCGUCAAUGUCUUUCAUGCAGUUUUAUGAAAGAUCAGUGCACAUAUUUCAGUGUGAAGUUUAGUCCUACGAAUCAACAUUUUUUAUUACACUGUAAAGGACCAGGUGUUCCAGUGGUCAGUGUACACAACACCAACAACCCUUCAAAAUUUUACAUAUUGGAAAGUAAUUCCCUGUUAAAAGAAGCCAUCAUGAAGAAAAAGAUCACCAAGACUGAAAUUAAAAUGCUCCACAUUGAGGACUAUGAACUUCGUUUACAGUUGUCCUUCCCCAAGGAUUUUUCGGAUCGAAACCAGUAUGCUGUCUUGUUAUUAAUUGAUGAAGCACCAGGAAGCCAGCUGGUUACAGAUAAGUUUCACAUUGAUUGGGAUUCAGUACUUGUCGAUUCUGACAAUGUCAUUGUGGCCCGAUUUGAUGGCAGAGGUAGUGGGUUUCAGGGGCUGAAGAUUUUGCAAGAGGUUCACCGCAGCCUAGGCUCUGUAGAAGUGAAGGACCAAAUAACAGCUGUGAAGUCUUUACUGAAGCAGCCAUACGUUGACUCCAAAAGACUAAGCAUAUUUGGAAAGGGAUAUGGUGGAUAUAUUGCAGCAAUGAUCUUGAAAUCUGAUGAAAGAUUUUUUAAAUGUGGAUCUGUGGUUGCACCAAUUACAGACAUGAAAUUGUAUGCUUCAGCUUUUGCUGAAAGGUACCUAGGCUUACCAUCUAAGGAAGAAAGUACUUACCAAGCAUCCAGUGUCCUACACAAUAUUCACAGCUUAAAAGAAGAAAAUUUGUUAAUAAUUCAUGGGACAGCUGACACAAAAGUCCAUUUCCAGCAUUCUGCAGAAUUAAUCAAGCACUUAAUAAAAGCUGGAGUAAAUUAUACUAUGCAGGUCUAUCCAGAUGAAGGCCAUAACAUUGUAUCUGAGAAGAGCAAAUAUCACCUUUACAGCACAAUCCUCAGAUUCUUCAGUGAUUGUUUAAAGGAAGAAGUGCCAGUGUUACCACAGGAACCUGAAGAAGAUGAAUAG